GAACGAGGCAUGAUGAUAAGUGUUAUUAAAAGCUUUCUUCAGGUCCUCCUCCAGUCGUCGCUCCGACCGACUUGUCUCUCAACAGCGAGCUAUGUACACGCCGCCCGCGCCGUUGAGCAGCGCCGUUGAGCAGCGGCGCGGCGGCAAUACAAUAAAAAUAGCACCCGCCCGCGCUUUAAUCCUCCUCCUCCUCGAGAAGCACGAUGUAAGUGACGACUCCGAAGAGCAGCAGGGUGGGCAGGGCGAGCGCGUCCUCCAGGUCGUCGUCCUUCGCCGCCUUCUUCUUCGCGGGCUUGGCGGCGACCGCCUUGGUCGCAGCCGGCGAGGUGGCGACGGGCGGCGCGGGGGUGGUCGCCGCGACGGGGGCGGGGGCGGAGGAAGCAACCGUCGGCGGCGGCGCCUGCCGAACCGGGAUGGCCGGCGUGAGCGCCUCCUGCGCCUGUCUCGCCCUCUCCGCCUCCUCCCUCACCCUCUCCCUCGCCUCCUUCGCCGCCGCGUCGGCCGCGGCGCGCUCAGCCUUUUGCUGCUCAGCCGCGGCGGCGAUCGCGUCGCGUUCCUCCUGCUCCGCUCGCCUCGCCGACUCCUCUCGAGCCUUGGCGGCGUCGAUCUUGGCCUGGGUGAUGGCCGCGGCCUGGGCCUCGGCGGCAGCCUUGCGCUCCUUCUCGGCGAUCUUGUCCUCCUCGGCCUUGCGGAGGAGGGCGGCGAUGCGGUCCUCGGACGUCGCCGGGACAUUUACGGGGGGCGCCUCGGUUUUGGCCGACUUGGCAGCCUUGGCGGCGGCAGCCUUGGCGUCGGCGGCGGCUUUCUCCGUCUUGGCCUUCUCGGCGGCGGCCUUCUUGGCGGCGUCGGCCUUUGCCUUGUCGGCGGCUUUCUUCGCCGCGGCCGCCUGCUUCUCGGCAGCCUGCGCCGCCUUCACGGCUUCGGCGCGCGCCUUGGCCGCUGCUUCCUGGGCAGCCUUCUUCUCAGCCGUCUCCUUGUUGAUGACAGCCUUCUUGGCGUUAAACUCCGCGCGUUCCUUCUCCUGCCGGACGGCAGCCUCGGCGCGAGCCUUGGCCUGCUCGGCGUCGCGUUCGGCCCUGGCGGCAGCCUUGGCGGCGUCGCGUUCAGCCUUUGCCGCCGCCGCCGCGGCAUCCGCCUCAUCCUUGGCCCGCUUCUUGGCCUCGGCGGCGGCAGCCUUGGCGGCCUCGGCGGCGGCCUUCUCCUCGGCGGUUGGCGCGUUAGCCUCGCGCUCAGCCUUGGCGGCGGCCGCGGCGGCCUCGCGCUCGGCUUUCGCGGCGGCGGCCUUGGCCUCGCGCUCCGCCUUAGCGGCGGCAGCCUUGGCCUCACGCUCAGCCUUUGCGGCGGCGGCCUUGGCCUCGCGCUCAGCCUUCGCGGCGGCGGCGGCGGCUUUGUCCUCAGAGUCCACCGCCGCGGCGACGGGCGCGGGCGCGGGGGCGGCGGGUUCCUCGACGGGAGCGGCGGGUUCCUCGACCGCCUCGGGCUCGGGUUCGGGCUCGGGGGGUGCCUUGGGCUCGAGCUCCGCGUACUCCCUGAACGCCUUUCCAACGCCGCUAAAAUCGACGCCCAUGUCGCCGGCGGAGAUGGGCUUGCCCUCGUCCGCGGACUUGACGACGGCGGCGACCCUGGCCUCGGAAGCGGCCUUGGCCUCCUCCGCGCGCUGCGCCUUCUCGGCCCUGGCCCUCUCCUGCGCAGCCUUGAGCUCGGCGGCCUUCUCGGCAGCCUUGGCCUGCUCCGCCGCGGCCUUGGCCUUGGCCUUCUCGGCGGCUUUGGCGGCGCGGGCCUUGUCCCUGGCGGCGGCGGCGUCCGCCUUUGCCUUUUCCUGGUCGCGGAGCGCCUUGGCGCGCUCCUGUGCGGCGGCGUUCUGUUCCUUGGCGCGCGCGGCGGCAGCCUCCGCGGCGGCAGCCUUCUUCGCGUCGUCGCGCUUCUUAGUCUCAGCCUUUUGCUUGGCCUUCUCGGCGUUGGCCUUGGCGGCCUCAGCCUUCGCCUUGCGCUCCUCGGAAGCCUUCCUGUCCGCAGCCUCCUUCUCGACGGCGGCGGCGCGGGCCUUCGCCUCGCGUUCGGCCUUGGCCGCGUCCGCAGCCUUGGCCUUGGCAGCCCUGGCGGCCUCAGCCUCGGCCUUGGCGACCGCAGCCUUGGCGUCUCGCUCAACCUUGGCGGCGGCGGCAGCCUUGUCGGCUUCAGCCUUCUUGGCGGCGGCUUCGGCGGCCCUGGCGGCGUUGGCCUUGUCGGCCUCGGCCUUCUUGGCGGCGUUUUCCUUAGCCUUGGCGGCGGCGGCCUUUUCCCUCUCAGCCUUGGCGGCCUCGACCUCCUUCGCCUUCUCAGCCUUGGCCUUGUCGAACUCAGCCUUCUUCGCGGCGUCAGCCUUGGCUUUCUCAGCCUUGGCAGCCUCCGCAGCCUUGGCCUUCUCGGCGGCGGCGGCGGCCUUCUCGGCGGAGUCAUCGGGCUUGGGCGCCGGGGCGGGCUUGGGCGCCGGGGCGGGCUUCUCGGCCGCCGCCUUCUCGGCCUCAGCCUUUGCCGCGGCGGCAGCCUCAGCCUUUGCCGCGGCAGCCUUCUCCCUGUCAGCCUUGGCAGCCUCGAGCGCCUUGGCCUUCUCAGCCUUGGCAGCCUCGCGCUCCGCCUUCUUGGCGGCGUCAGCCUUGGCCUUGUCGGCGGCAGCCUUCUCGGCAUCAGCAGCCUUGGCGGCGGCGGCCUUCUCGGCAUCAGCAGCCUUGGCGGCGGCGGCCUUCUCGGCAUCAGCCUUCUUGGCGGCGGCGGCCUUCUCGGCUUCAGCCUUCUUCGCGGCGGCAGCCUUGGCCUUCUCAGCCUUGGCAGCCUCCGCAGCCUUAGCCUUGGCGGCCGCAGCCUUCUCGUUCUCAGCCUUCUGCGCCUCGGCCGCCUUGGCCUUCUCAGCCUUGGCCUUGUCGGCGGCGGCCUUCUUGGCGGCGUCAGCCUUGGCCUGCUCGGCGGCGGCCUUGGCCCGCUCAGCCUUGGCGGCCUCGACCUCCUUCGCCUUCUCAGCCUUCGCCUUCUCGAAUUCAGCCUUCUUCGCGGCGUCAGCCUUGGCCUUCUCAGCCUUGGCAGCCUCGGCGUCCCUCUUCUUGGUGGCGGAAUCGGAGAAUCCGGCUGCGGGCGCCGCCGCGGCCUUGGCCUUUGGCGCGGGAGCCGGCUUGGCCGCGGGCUUGGCCGCGGGCUUGGCCGCGGGCGCGGGCUUGGCCGGGGCCUUUUGCGCCUUAAACUCCUCGACGGAGGGGACGUUGGCGUCGCGCGCUUCCUCGCGUUUGAUCUGGCGGGCCUGGCGCUCCGCCGCGGCGGCUUCAGCCUUGGCGAUUCUCUCCGCGGCGGCCUUCUCAGCCUUCUCAGCCUCGGCCGCUCGUUCCGCGGCGAUCACCUUGGCGGCGGCGAUGCGCUCGGCUUCAAACUGCGCGCGCGCGGCCUCGAGGUCGCUGGACUGCGCGGCGGCGGCCCUGGCAGCCUCGGCUCGGGCGCGGGCUUCCGCGGCGGCUUUCUCGGCAGCCUUGGUCUUCUCAGCCUUGGCGGCAUCAGCCUUGGCCUUCUCGGCAGCCUCGGCCGCGGCCUUCUUGGCCUUCUCGGCCUCCGCAGCCUUGGUCUUCUCGGCGCGCGCGGCUUCGCGCUCAGCCUUCUUGGCGGCGUCGGCCUUGGCCUUUGCCUCGGCGGCUUCCGCGCGGGCCUUGGCCGCGGCGGCGUCCUCGGCAGCCUUGGCCUUGUCAGCCUCAGCCUUGGCCUUGUCAGCCUCGGCGGCAGCCUUGUCAGCCUCGGCCUUGGCGGCGGCGUCAGCCUUGGCCUUGGCCUCGGCAGCCUUCGCCUUCUCGGCUUUCUGCGCCUCGAGCGCCUUCGCCUUCUCAGCCUUGGCCUUGUCGAACUCAGCCUUCUUCGCGGCGUCAGCCUUGGCCUUCUCAGCCUUGGCAGCCUCCGCAGCCUUGGCCUUCUCGGCGGCGGCGGCGGCCUUCUCGGCGGAGUCAUCGGGCUUGGGCGCCGGGGCGGGCUUGGGCGCCGGGGCGGGCUUGGGCGCCGGGGCGGGCUUCUCGGUCCUGGGCCUCUUGGGCUCGGGCUUGGGCUCCUCGGGCUUUGGCGCCGCUCCGGGUGGCCUUGGGCGUCGACACCGGCUUGGGCUGCGCCGGGGCGGGCUUGGGCGUCGGUGUCGGCUUGGGCUUUGGAGCGGGCUUCUCCGCCUUCUUGGGCUGCGAUUUCUUAAACUCCUCAACCUUGGGAGGCGCGGUGCCCGUGAGCUGGUCGUAGGCGGACACGUCGCCGGCCUGGAGCGAGAGUCCCUCCUUCGCGGGACCGGUAGCCUUCUUGGCGGGGGCGGGCGCCGCCUUCUUGGGGGCGGGCGCCGCCGCCUUCUUCGCCGCGGCGGCCUCGUCCUUCGCCUUGCGCUGCGCGUAGAGGUCCUCGGCGGAGAGGUCCGCGAUCUCGGAGAGCACGGGGCCGGACAGCGCGACGGCGCCGUCCGGGACGAAGCGCGCGCGGUCGGACUGGCCGUAGAGCUCCUCGAUCGCGCCCGCGGCGAGGGCGACGGGCGCGAUGGCGACGUUGGCGAUGAUGGACGCGGCCGCGACCCCGGACAUGACCUUCUUCGCGAUGGAAUCUUCGAGCUCGGGGGCGUCGUCGGACUUGGCCUUGGAAGGCACGUGCUCCUCGGGCGCCUUACCGGCGCGGACCAGGGUGGAGACCCUGCGUCCGUGCGCCGGGGUGUUAGCGCCGAGCGCGUUGGCGCCGGAGACGCCCCGGAGGAGCUGCGACUGGGACGACGCGAGCGACGACAUCGCACAGCUGGAUUGUUACACCCGAUGGAUCGACCGCCUGCCGAUUAA